AUGCAAGUCGAUGUCGAUUUCCGUCCUGCUGACGUCAUUGAGAUCGCAGAAGCGGCGGGACGCGCUAUCCUGGAAGUUUACAACAGCCACAAAGACGACUGGGGAGUGAGCGUGAAAUCGGAUCAUUCUCCGCUGACUGACGCUGACUCGAACGCCAACGCGUUAAUCUGCAGCGAGCUAGCGCGCAUCACGCCGCACGUGCCGAUCGUCAGCGAGGAGACCAAGCUGGUGCCGUAUGCCGUGAGGAAGGAGUACCAGCUGUGGUGGUGCGUGGAUCCGUUAGACGGCACGAAGGAAUUCAUCAAGCGGAAUGGACAGUUCACAGUAAACAUUGCUCUGGUGAAAGGCGAUCGUCCUAUUCUAGGGGUGGUCCACACGCCCUGCCUUAAGAAGACACACUGGGCCGUUGCUGGUAAAGGAGCUUUCCUGCGGGACCAUUCCAGCCAAUCAGAUUCAUCGUCUCUGCCCGAGGAUAAGCCGAUCCGGGCAGCUGAAUAUACGGACUCGGACCCGGGCCUGGUGAUCAUGGGGUCGCUGUCUCACAGCACGCCCGAGACAGAGAAAUUUAUUGGGCAGUUUAAGGACCCGAAAGUGGAGGCUAUGGGCAGCUCGUUGAAAUUUAUGAGGGUUGCAGAGGGGUCAGCUCAUGUGUACCCAAGACUGGCUCCCACUUCCGAAUGGGACACCUGUGCUUCUCAGGUACCACUCUCCCUUCUUCCCCACAUCUUCUCAAUUGAUGCUUCCUGUACUUGUUUUUACUGUUAG